AUGCAGGGUUUACAUUCCAUCGGCGGCGCUGACCGAAGGGUCAGGCCGCACCACCACAACCAACCCCAGCCGCUGAAGUGCCCUCGCUGCGACUCCCUCAACACCAAGUUCUGUUACUACAACAACUACAAUCUAUCCCAGCCCCGCCAUUUCUGCAAGAACUGCCGCCGCUACUGGACCAAAGGUGGCGUCCUCCGCAACGUCCCCGUCGGUGGCGGUUGCCGCAAAUCGAAACGCUCCAACAAGCCCAAAACCACCGUCACCAACACCAACAAUAAUAAGGACAACAACAACCAGCCUUCCUCCUCCUCGGAGACCGCUCCGGCCACUGCGCCGCAGGAGCCGGAGCGCAACUCCAACUCCCACUCCAGCAGCGAAAGCUCCACCCUAACCGUCGCCGCCACGGAGGCUAUGUCGGCGCCGACAUCAAACGCUGCUUCGAACAACGCUUUGUUAGUCGACAACGUUCGCGAGUCGAAGAUGUUCGCUAACGCUAAUAACCCCUCUUUGGAGAGAGGUGGCAUUUUCUCUGAGAUAGGGAGUUUCUCGAACCUCAUGGCUUCAAAUAACGAAGCAUGGGGGUUUGGAUUUGGGAAUAGUAGUAAUAGUAACAGUAACAUCAUCGAUGCGGCGGCGUUUCGGUUCGGUGUCACUCAUCAGCAGGGGAAUGAUCAGGUGCAUGUGGCAGCAGGUGGAGACCAUGUUGAGUGGCAGAACCAGCAGAAUCAAGAGUUCGGUACGGCGUCGUUUCUCGAUCACACGGUGGCGCCUGAGUUUUCGUCGCUGCAGCACAAGACUGCGUUUGGGUCGUUGGAUUGGCAACCCGGUGCCGAUCAAGGUUUGUUUGAUCUCCCUAACACCGUUGGUCAACCGUACUGGACCCACACCCAAUGGGCUGAUCAGGAAAAUCCACCUCUCUUUCACCUUCCUUGA